AAUGUUCUAAUACAAAGCCAAAUAAUCAAUGCGUGCUGGGCUGUUUAAGCUUACUUAGCUUCACCUAUCUUACUGACUUCACUUUGGUGACCGCACUGUAAUUGCAAUACAUAUUUGCAGACAUGUCCGUUACUAUUAAUGCACUUGUAUUGUACUUUAUUAAAAUGUGUACGGUUAGCAUAUUCUGGGUAGCCUAAAGAAAGCAAAACGGUAGCAAUCUACUGAGCUUAAUUUGGGGGCUGCAUCCCUGGUAGUUACUACCACCAUUACCCACACAUUCAGCUAAAAGUAAUGCCACAUUUCAAGCAAUACUGCAGUGCAGUUUGUCUGUUCAAACUUGUAUUUUCCCUCUUUGCCAACAGAUGUCUCCGUCUCAUUAGGGUUGAUCAAUCUCGAAUCAGCUGAUGAGAAUGUUCAGACUACAUUGGAUUUUUUUCGUAAAAUUGGAUGCUUAUUUAGCUUUCCUGAAAGUCAGCAUUUUGUUGAUAUUGUAAUGUCGUAUCAUGUGAUGUUUAUCAUCCAUGUUUCAUCUCCCUUUCUUAAACGUAGACACAUGGGUCUGAUUUUUCACUCUCUCCUGCAUAUGCUUGAAAACUGAUUGAUGGCUGACACAAAAGUAGUAGUCUACAGAGCACAUCAGAUUGAGAAAUGCCUUGCAGAAAACAGGUAUCAGGAUAUCAGCAUUUUACUAGAUGACCUUUCAAAUCUGUGCAUGACAAAUGACCAGCUUCAAGAAACUGAUAUUGCUAGGGCAACAUACUUGAUCCUCAAGAAAUGCCCUAGUACUACUCUUAGGACUAAGGCAAAGAAACUGCUGUCAGCUUGGAAGCAGCUAUAUAAGAAAAGAAUUCAACAUUCUUCUCCAGCAAAACACGAGGAAGAGCUCUCUGAGCAGCUGGACCAUAGCAGAGAAGGACUGUGUGAUAUUCCUGUGUGUGGUCAGUUUGAGGAGAGUGGUGCAUUCCUUAGUUCCAGUUCAGAAUGUGCCCUAACCGCAUCUCUGUCUGUUGAGAAAUAUGCAGUGCAGUGCAGUGUUAAGAAUAACUCAAGUCACAUAGGGCCUGUUAACCAGCUGAAUGAGACGGAUGGAGCUAAAACUGCACCUGGUGAGGAUUCCCAUUUACCAGUUCCAGAGCAAGAAAACAUGAGGUCUAAGUGCACAGAAAUUCUGUUUAAAGCACUGAUUAAUGCUGAUACAGCCAGUGAUGCCACAUCUGAUAUGUGCCAUAUCCUGGCAAAAGAAGUUGAGGAACACAUCUUUGCUCUACAUUCCAAAAAUGACAGGAAAUACAAAGCAUGCAUUAGAUGUAAAGUCUCUAAUUUAAAGAAUCCUAAAACUCCUCAUUUACGCCUCAACCUGCUUUCUGGAGCUCUUAGUCCUAAGUCAUUUUCUGAGAUGUCUGUGAUGGAAAUGGCAAGUGAUGAGCUCAAAAUGCUGAGAGCUUCAAUAGCUAAGACAUGUGUCAAUGAACAUCAACUUCCCCAAGGUGUAGAGGGUUCAAAGACAAAUAAGAUAAUGUGUAAACGCUGUGAGCAGUUCAACUGCACUGUAACUUUGAUAUCUAGGGGUACACUUUUUCUUCCUGCUUGGGUACGGAGUGGAACCCCUGAUGAACAGAUGAUGACUUUUGUCAUUUGCAAUGAAUGCGGGCAGAAGUGGUAUAAUAGUGGUUGGAUUUCCUUUUAGUCUUCUUGUAUUUUAUUAUAUGUUGAGUAAUUCAAAGUGGUUAAUGAUGUAAGCUUAACCAGUUAUGCAUCUGGUUCAUAGUUAAUGUAUUUUGAGUUCUACUGUGCUGAUCAUGAAGUGUAAAAUUUACAUGGAAAACAUUUGUAACAAUAAAUUAUUGCUGGUUUCCCCCUGUU